CCCAAUAGCAAACCCACUAAUAACUUAUAUGGUCCAUAAUAAGCCCAAAUCCACUUCUGUCCUUAUCAAAAACAGAAUCAAAAAUUGAGAUCUGAAAAGGAAAAAUCUUAUUGUAGAGAAAUUUCAAAAGUUGGAAAAAAAAAUGGGAGCUGCGAAGAGUAUCUGGGCAGUAUUGGAAGCCGGAGAUGAAGCUAGCGGCAACGACGCUUCUUCCCAUAUUCCUUACUCUUCGCUCGUCGUUGAUACAUCUUUGCCUCUCAUGAUUCCUCGCAUUAUAGAGUUAUGUAAAGACCUGUUCAAGAAUUGGAGAGAGCUUGAUGAUUCACUCUUCUCUGUCGAGAGGGUAUCAGGAGGCAUCACAAAUCUGUUGCUGAAGGUUUCUGUGAAGGAAGACACUGAUAGAGAAGUGUCUGUAACAGUUAGAUUGUAUGGGCCUAACACGGAGUACGUUAUUAACCGGGAGAGAGAGCUACAGGCUAUCAAGUAUCUCUCGGCUGCUGGAUUUGGUGCCAAGUUGCUUGGUGGAUUUGGAAAUGGCAUGGUGCAAUCAUUCAUCCACGCACGAACCUUAGACCCAUCAGACUUGAGACAACCGAAGAUUGCUGCUCAAAUUGCGAAAGAGCUUGGAAAGUUUCAUCAAGUGGGAAUACCAGGCUCCAAAGAACCUCAACUGUGGGUUGAUAUCGUGAAGUUCUUUGAAAAAGCAUCUACUCUUAGGUUUGAGGAACCUGAUAGGCAGAAGCUCUUUGACACAAUUUCAUUUGAAGAACUGCAUAAAGAAAUUAUUGAGCUAAAGGAAUUCACAGGCUUACUUAAUGCACCUGUGGUGUUUGCUCAUAAUGAUUUGCUCUCUGGAAACCUGAUGUUGAAUGAGGAAGAAGAGAGACUAUACCUGAUUGAUUUCGAGUAUGGAUCAUACAACUAUAGAGGCUUUGACAUCGGAAACCACUUCAAUGAAUAUGCAGGAUACGACUGUGAUUACAGCGUCUACCCAAGUAAAGAAGAACAAUAUCAUUUCAUCAAACAUUACCUACAGCCUGACAAACCAGACGAGGUCAGCAUUGAUGAAGUGGAAUCAGUCUUUAUAGAGACAGAUGCGUAUAAACUAGCAUCUCAUUUGUACUGGGCAGUAUGGGCAAUCAUCCAGGCAAGGAUGUCUCCAAUAGAGUUUGAUUAUUUAGGUUACUUCUUUUUGCGUUACAAUGAAUACAAGAAGCAGAAGCCUGUUACCUUUUCACUUGUUACCUCUUACCUCUCUGCAUCCGUGUAGCCUUCAACCAAAAUGUUACUCCCUCUGUUUUUAAAAACAUGUCGUUUUACAUUUUACACACAUUGUUUGUAACUGUUCUUUUUACGUUUUAAAUAUUUUUUUUUCACUUUUCUAUCAUAUAUUAAUUAUACUCAACAUACUUUUUCCCUUUCCAAUUUUUGCCAUCAUGAAUAUUGCAUGCAUGAAAUUUUUUUGUUUUAAACUAAAAUUUUAACAUACA